AAAGCCCUAGCCGCCUCGUCCCCACCCAAUCCUCCUCCCUCGCCGCUCGCCGUGCUCCCGCUCCCGCUCCGGCCGGCGACCACCGGGAAGAGGAGAGCUCGAGAUGAGCUUGCGGCCGGGCAGGGCGCACCCCCUCGCCGCGUCUCCCCUCCACACCCCGCUCCCUGCUAGGCCUAGGCCCCAGCUGAGGCUGAGCACCUCCACCAGCUGCGCCGCCAUGAAGUCGUACAGGCUGUCGGAGCUCAGCGACGCCGAGGUCGGCGGCCUCAAGGCGCGCCCCCGCAUCGACUUCUCCUCCAUUUUCGGCACGGUCAAUCCGAUUGUUGAAGACGUGCGCAUGCGAGGCGAUGCUGCGGUCAAGGAUUAUACAGUGAAGUUCGACAAGGUUGCACUCGAUGAUGUGGUUGUGCGUGUUAGCGAUCUUCCGGAUGUGGAGCUUGAUCCAGCUGUGAAGGAAGCCUUUGAUGUGGCAUAUGACAACAUUUAUGCCUUCCACGUUUCGCAAAAGUUGCCUGAAAAGACUGUUGAGAAUAUGAAAGGUGUAAGAUGUAAAAGAAUAACAAGAUGCAUUGGUUCUGUUGGCCUUUAUGUCCCAGGUGGCACUGCAGUAUUGCCUUCCACUGCAUUGAUGCUUGCUGUGCCUGCACAGAUUGCUGGUUGCAAAACUGUUGUUCUUGCCACACCCCCUAGUCGUGAUGGUAGCAUAUGUAAGGAGGUUCUUUACUGUGCUAAAAAAGCUGGUGUGACACAUGUAUUGAAAGCUGGAGGAGCUCAGGCCAUUUCAGCCAUGGCAUGGGGAACAGUCUCAUGCCCAAAGGUUGAAAAAAUAUUUGGACCUGGAAAUCAGUAUGUCACGGCUGCAAAAAUGAUUCUUCAGAACAGUGAAGCCAUGGUUUCUAUAGACAUGCCUGCUGGCCCUUCAGAAGUAUUAGUGAUAGCGGAUAAAUAUGCAAACCCAGUUCAUGUUGCUGCUGAUUUGUUAUCUCAGGCGGAACAUGGCCCAGACAGUCAGGUUGUUCUAGUUGUUGCGGGAGACGGUGUUGAUUUGGGUGCUAUUGAGGCAGAAGUUAGCAAGCAGUGCUCUGCUCUUCCUAGGGGAGAAUUUGCUUCGAAAGCUCUUGGCCACAGUUUCACUGUUUUUGCGAAAGACAUGGUUGAGGCAAUUUCAUUCUCCAAUAUGUAUGCCCCUGAGCAUUUGAUCAUCAAUGUAAAGGAUGCUGAACAGUGGGAGGAUCUUGUCGAGAAUGCAGGGUCGGUCUUCUUGGGACAAUGGACCCCGGAGAGCGUGGGCGACUAUGCAAGCGGCACAAACCAUGUCCUUCCAACCUAUGGUUACGCAAGGAUGUAUAGCGGCGUGUCACUGAACUCAUUCCUCAAGUACAUCACUGUCCAGUCCUUGUCAGAGGAAGGGUUGAGAAGUCUGGGUCCGCAUGUGGCAAAGAUGGCUGAAGUCGAAGGACUAGAGGCUCACAGAAGAGCUGUUACCCUCAGACUUCAGGACAUCGAAGCCACUGUAACCGUGUAGAUUUGUUACCAUGAUUGUUCUAGGGGCCAACUUGGAUGCAGAGAACAAGAAUCUGUGAACACCCUAAUGAGAAGGGAUGGUCCAGCUGUUUCUCGAAAUAAGGCUCAUCCAUUUUGAUACAUCUUUGAAUAUAAAGUUUGUUUGAUUGUGUUACACUUUCAAGUAUUCAAGAGGACGAAAUCUGUGAAGACUGUAAGGAAAAGGGAUAUGAUCCAGCUAUUACUCGAAAUAAGGCCCAUCCAUUUUGAAUCUUUGGUCCGUCUAUUGAAUGCAAAGUUUGUUGACUA